AUGAUAGCCCCAGAAACAGAGAACAACCUUUUAUAUAAGGAAAUAUCUCAAUUCGUUGAAGCACAAGCAAAUGUUGCAACCGAUUCCAGCCAGAUAGUACUCGAUGAAAUACCGUACGAAGUACAAAAGUUAGUUAACGACGAACUUAAAGGGAAAACCAGAUUAAAUAGGACUAAAAUGGAUAUUCUAACAAAUCGGGCAUACCAUGUAGAAUUGGAAUGGAAAUUAAACCAAUUGAAUGAAAUUAUGAAGCUGGUUGGCGAUGUACCCAAGUAUUCUAUUGGGAACGAGCUAUCUAAAUCAAUCAAUGACGAUAAUUUAAUUAGUAAAGGUGGCGUUUCUUUACGUAGUUUGAUGAAAGAUGUGUAUAAGUUACCAGAAUUGGCUCUGAGGGAUGAUGUUAAUAUUGAUGACCACGAUUAUCAAUUGUUAGAAGAAUACAACAAUAUAAGAACUUCAUUAAUUCGGAAUUGUUCCAUCAUCGAAAUUGCUGAAGAACAGGCUGCGGAGAUCGCCACAGAUGUUGAAAGGAUUACCUCACUACUACAUAGCAUUGAGGAGAAGGUAGGUCAUGCCAAUUUGAUAGAAUAUUUUCAGAAUUAUCAUGACAGUUUACUUGACGAAUUGAAUGAUUUAGUUUUCUCAUUAGAAGAUGCCUUAAAAUCUGGCAACUUGACUGGAGAAAAGAAAGAACAUAUACGGGCCAUACUCUCAGAUUUACAAGGCCAAGAAAGAGAAGUAAAUUGA